CCCGCCACUAGCGUAGCGCGUGUUUAGUUGUUACCUAUUGCGUUCUUGUUUUUAUUUAUCACGCAAUUAUUUGUGUAUAAUUUACAUUAAUAAUUUACGUGUGCCCAUAAUCGUGUUGUUUGCUGCAACAUUCCAACAGGGUCGUGAGAAAAUUACCGCAUUAGAAAAAAGUUUUACCUCAGAAUCGAAUGCCAGUCGUCGAAUUUGUGUGUAAUAGGUCGUUGUUUUAGCACUGUUCUGUUUAAUACAUUAAACUAAUUACCGGGUGUUCAUUUCCAAAAGUUGUGAGGUUAAUUAGCACCAAAUCUCCACUAAACAGAUAUGACCACGGUGGAUGUUAACGUAUUAGAAUUUAUAGUGGAGGUCCUAGGGUGCAUAUGGCUGCAGAAGGCUCAGGUUCAUAAUCAACAUCUGCUGCGAGAUUGUUUGAAAGUGUCCAUCGGUGCUGACGAGGAGGACACACGUUCUGAAGAAGCGGUAUUCAAAAUUGCAGUUCAAUAUGCAGCAUGCUGGCUAACAGAUAAGCUACUGCAGGAUCUCGUGGCAGAAGUUCCAGUUAUAUUCUUGAAGGAGCACAAACUUACCACUUCUGAUCUUCAUGCAGCACCACAGACUGCCAUUACCAUUGCUAACAGUGGUGAAGGAAUUUUUAGUUUAGAGUUUAAGGUUAUCGCCAUGAAGUCUAAAAUGCUUACUCAGUGCCUUGGAAUCAGUAAGCGCCUACAUCGAAUAAAAAUUGUUCAGCCUCAGAUAAUUAUGACACUUACUGUCAACGUGUGUGGAAAAUAUGAGGACACUUUUGGGGAGACUGAUGACAAAUGGAAAGUGUUGAAGGAAAAUAAAAUGCUCAUCACAAGUAUUCACCAUUACAUUGGCAAAGAGUAUGCUGAAUUCCUCAAGUUCAAACUACAAGUUGGAAACCCAGUUGAACUAGCAGGUCUGAAGUCUAGUUCUGGUGAACCAUUUCGAAUUAAAAUGACUCCAGCUACCGCCCUUUUGACUCCAAAAAAUAAUUCCUUCACUUUCUCCAAAGUUGCAGUAUUUGCAUAUUGCCCAGGAAUGUGCCCCAUGUUAGAAUGCCAAGAUUUGACAUUUUUUGAAGACCCACAAACCCUUGCAAAAUGGAAUGAGUUUCACCAAGAGAGCUUGUUAUUAGAAAAGAACAACCUGUAUGUUGAGGGUGUGGCACAUCCUGAUAUUCUGUUCAAUGUUGGUGAACCUUCAAAUGAACAGAGUGAGGCAGGAUAUAAAUCAGUCUUGUUAAUAUUUUUGUUUUUUGAUUUCUUCAGUGAGCUAACUUCAAGCUUACAUGGUCUAAGAGUUUUGUUGAAAGACACAAUGCAGAAAUUACCAGAAGUUCUCAAGUCAAAUCAAAGUAGCAUAAAGAAUGCAAUUCACGAUACCUUAGAGAAGGUCCUUGUUCCUCAGAAAAGACAAAAUAAGAUGCUACUCAAAGCUGUCGUGGCUAUUCCACUUCUUGCUGAAUCGCUACAUGGCAUAGUGACGAGGAGUACACACCAACAGUUUCGUGAAAGAUACUUCAGAGAAUUUAAAUGCUCUGAUUCCCAAGAGUUAAGCAUUGCAAUCCAAGACUGUCUAAUAGAUAUUGCCGGAUCCAGCAUGGGGAUUGACAAAGCGAAAUUGAAAGCAGGAAUCAUUCCGUGUUUCGUCACCAAACCCUGCAAGACAGAUGGCCUGCCUACACAAAACCCCAUAGAAGAAAUGCAGAGCAGCUGCAAAAAUAUUAGCCAGCAAGAGGAAAGCAGCACUUUUUAUUCAGAAAACAUUCCAAAAAUGGAUCAGUGUGUGCCAAUAGACUUUGAUACUAAUGGUGCAGAAACAAGUGCUUCUGAAAUUUACAGCGAUCCUUCAUCAAAUACAAGCUGUCAUAAGCUAAAUUGUGAAAAUGCAUCAAAGUACCGCCAUAGGGCAACAUAUAGUGACACAGAGCUGUCAACUGAAACUAAGGCUGAUUUUACAUACAUAGAUUUACACAAGGUGUCCAAUAAAUUAUCCACAACCAAACAGGUUGAAGAUAUGCAUGAAGUUACAUCGAUUGGAUCAAGUUUUCAAAACAUCUCUGGAAGUCUUGCUCUUAAGUGUAAAAAUAAAUAUUUUCCAACGUCAGAUAUGUUUGAAGAAAAAAUUGAGACAACACAGAAGACCAUUUCAAUGUACAAUUAUUCUCCAAAAACAAAGAAAAUGUGCUUAGAGCAAAACAAACACAAGUCAUUGGCAUGUUCUGUCCAUGGAGACAAAUGGUGCAGUUGUGAAUGGCAAGUUGAAUAAAACAUAUCCAUUUAUGCUGCAAUAGGAUUUGUGAAGGGAGCUUAGAAGAUACAGGUAUGGUUUUAUAUAGGCUGGAAAAGCACUUGGCUGGAAGAUUCUACUUGAUAAAUGUAAUUUUAAAGAAACAAGCCUGGUUAAUUUGAAUAGUCAGUCACUGAUUAAUUUAAUCAUUCAUAUCAUAAUAAAUGUGUAGAGACAUGUGUUCUUACAAUAACAUUGUUACAUAUUUCUGUCUACUUUUGUAAGGUCACCUGUGAAACUCCAUUCGGUAUGAUUACAUCAUUAAUGAAUAAUUUUGCAAAAUACCUUGUUGAAAAAAGAUGCAUAUUGAAUUAGGGUAUAUAGUAGACAGAUAUUCUUGGAUCUUUCGGUAAAGUGACGUAGAAGGGAAAUAA